UUACAUGCAUAUUCAAUAGAAGCAGGCACCUAGCAAAUCUUGAUAUAUCAAUCUAUAUAGUCAUGGCAAGUUUGAAAUGUGUUGCGAUUUUUGUCAUGGUUGCAUUGGCAUUACAGUUAGCCGAUGCUCAACUUCCAGGACUCCAAAAUCUCAUCAAUAUCUCUGGAUCAGUAUCAUGCUCUCUUAAUGGUAGCGUCAUUGUUAAUGCCACCACCCCAACCCCUCCAUUCCCAAAUGCUUUGAUUGAUGUAUCAUGUGGUGGAAAUGUGAUAUCCUCAGCCAUGACCAAUGGAUCGGGAAUGUUUGGCAUAACUCUAAAUCCGCUUCAAUUUCCUCUGAGCAACCUUCUGUCGCCGAAUUGCAUUGUACGUGUUGUUACACCACUCUCCAAUUGCAGCACAACACUGCCAUCAACAGGAAGUCUGCAAUCCCCAAUACAAUUCAUCGGCACCACUGUUCAAGGCCCCAUCAAUAUUUUAAAUUUAGCGCCUGCAGCAUUCCAACUCAUCGGCAAUUGAUCAUAUAUAAUGUCAUAAUGUACCAUCCAAUAAAUAAACUAUUAAGGAAUUAAACAUCCUUAUAUAUGUUUUGAUCCUUGCUUUAUACA